ACAACUUCUCCUCCAUGUACACAAACUCUAGUCAGAAUAGAUCCGUAGCCAAGGGGCCGAUAAGGUUUGAAAGUGAGGUUGCUCUGGAAGCCUUCCUCGAAAAUAGCAUAAGGCCCCGGGUUAGGGUGUCUGUUGAAGGAUUCAACCCUUACCGACCUGGGGAUGAAAUCAAGAGAGAAUUGGUUAAUCACUUCGAAUCAUGUGGCGAUGAAUUUAGAGUUAUUGUUCCCACUGACCCCAUUGUCGACAGACGUGCUUUUGUUAUUCUUGUUGGACAUGGCGCUGAGGAGAAAGCUUUGCAAAUUAAUGGUAGUGACAUCGGUGAUUGGAAGGCCCUUGUUAAGGUUGCACCCGAGGAAGAAGAAGAGGAAUACUUGAUGGCAUCACGUUAUAAACAAUCUCUCGUUAACGCCCUACUCAACGACAGGAAAUUUAGGUUUGGCAUUGCGGUUAUGGGGUAUGACACUUCCCUUCCUGCAGAUCAAGUCGAGAGUGUUUUGAGAGAACUUUUCUCUUCUUGUGGAGUCAUAACUCAUGUUUACAUUAGCACUCGCAACCGGAGGGCAAAUUUCUAUUUUUCCAAAGAAGAAGGAGAAGCGUUGGCUCUGGGUCUUAAUGGAAGUGAAGUGGGAGGAUUCAGAAUAACUACUAGGCGCUUAGCCACGGUCAGAAGUAACCCUCCCCUUUCCCCCGGUGAAACUCGUUGUAAAGGCUUUACCAUCCCAGCUCAUAUGAUUGAGUUUGCCCCCGAGAUAGGGCGCAAGGUCAUGGCUUUUAGGAGGAUUAAGAGGACCAUGAAGAAGGUCAUGGCUUUUAAGAAGAUGAAGAGCACCUUGAAGAAGGUGUCUUCGUUUAGGUUGGAGAAAGAUUCAAUGACUCCUUUGAUCAAUGCUCUUCGUUGUUUAAGGAAGAAGGACAGGAGGAGGUUCCUUUUCUCUCGAAAAGACUAAGAAGCUCUUUGUUGUUUAUGAAUCCUUUGAUCAAUGCAGCCUCUCUUUAUUAAAGCUCAAUGUAUGAUGACCAUUUUGUUUUAUCUGAUGUGUGUGUGUGUGUGGAUGGUAAACAUAUCUAAUUAUUGUCAAAAUUAAAAACAUGAAUUUAAUAUUAGUUAUCUUAGUAUUAUUAUCCGA